AUGACUCAGUUGCCUUUUUUCGUUCUUUAUUUCCAUUUUAUUUCUAAAUCAAAAAUGGAUUCAUGUGAAGUUGUGCAAAGAAGGAAUGCGGAUAUGGCAGUUGUCCGGCCAAGAAUGCCAGAUCAAGUCGAGAGGGUACCUCAAUAUUCAAGAACUCUCGACCUGGGAAAGGUGGUUUCCCUGCUUGAAGACCCAUUGACAACCAACAUGCAUGAGAGACAAAUAUUUGUGCUGAAAAAGCUGAUGAAGAGGAAGCAACAAGGCUUUCGACUGAGGGAGCUGGCAAGCUUCACGAGAAUCAUCGACGUCUGCUGUGAAAAGGCAAAAAUAAAUCCAGAAUAUUGCCGCAUUUUGUGUGAGGCGCUUAACAUUUGUAGGCUUCCCUUCUUGAAGGAGAAAAUGUCAGAUGAGCUCAACUACGCUGAGGAUGUGAAGCAGUUCCUCUCCAGAAUGGGCUACUUGAUGAGUGUACCAGACAGUGAAGUGAGGCGUCAGGUAGUUGAGUCAGUCAAGUCUUUUUACAGUUGCCCAGCUCCAAGCAAACCAUCGCUUGAUGAUCCUCAACCAACGUCUCCUGGCUACAGACUACAACUUCUGGAGCGUAGCGACCUGGCCAAGACUCUCUUCCUUUCCAUAGCAGCGCUGGAGAAGGAGCCCGCCAUCAAACUGCUACUCUUGCAAACACUUCAGAUGCUCUCCAGCACAUCUGAGAUGAACUGCGCUUUAAUGUUGAGUGUACGAGGGGCCGAGAGCAUCUGUCUACACAUGAACGAGCCAGACCCGAGUGGAAUGGUCCUGUUCCACACCUCGGAAAUCCUCUGGAACCUUCUAGAGAGGGGAAACAAGUCUGAGGUGGCUUCUCAACUCAACAGUUUAGAAUGCGCCAUAUCUCUUAAAGAAGCCUUUACUCACACCUUGCUGAACACCUCCCGACAUGUCGACCUCCAAGUCCGAAACGAUCUGCUGGUGUUAACCACACUCUUUGCUGAGAACUCCAGCACUCUGCUCAUUGAGAGUCUCUUCGCCAGGUUGCUCGUUGCGCUCAGCACAUUUCCUGAGCUGGCGACUCAAGACCCUUUGGUGAGCCAGCUGAAACUGACGUACAACAUGGAGGACCUGCAAAUGAAGAAAUUGCUGUUAAAUUUGCUGGUUGUCAUGUCCAGAAAUUCUGCAGCCAUCCCGAUUUUCAAGAAGGAACAAGUAAUACUGGCUCUGUUGACGCUGGCCAAGCCACCUACUGCCACUCUUGAGGUGAAGGUGGGUUAUCGCAACUGGUCGUCCGUCCAGGUGGAGGAGCUCCAGCUGCAGGCUCUGGCCGUCCUCGCUACCGUAACCCCACUGAUGCUGGACCACUACAUGUCCUGCUACGGUAAUGUGGAACUACUGCACCUGCUGGACUGGUGUGCCAGGCAAGAUGGAUACUUUGGACAAGGUCAUAGUUUCCAUGCUACUGGCGGGCGAGGAAGCAAGAAGGCUCACUUGCGUUAUUGCAUUAGACUGAUGAGAUCCGUCACUUCGCUGGCUGACACUACACUCAACCAGGACUUGUGCGACCAGGGGACCAUACACUUGGUUUUAGGGCUUUUAAUGGAGAUGGAAUCAACCCCUGGCGAGGAAGAUGCAAUUACAGUUGAGAUGAAGUCAGACAUGCAGAUGAUCCUUUCAGCUCUGUGUGAAGGCGAUAUGCACAAAAAGGAAUUAUUUGGAUCUGAGGGGGUGGAGAUGACCGUCCACUUCCUGAGAAGAGGAGCAGGAAUGUUCUACAGCGGUCUAGGACACAAUAAGCUCCUCCUCUCAACCUUAGUGUGCCUGCGCACCUGCAUCGUGGGAUGCUAUACCACAGAGGAUUGCUUCUUAGCUGAAGAUGGUGUGCUGGUUCUCCUGGACCUACUCAAUUCGAGUCCCAGGAAUGUGCAUGGCGUGGUCCUGGCCACACUGCUCGAGCUGUGCGACAACCAGAACACAGUUCCUCACAUCCUGAGCUGGAGUGACAGCGAUGGGCUGAUGGCCCCGAGUCUCCUGCUGCGAUUGUGGAGGCAGGAGGAAGAGAAUCUGGGAAUCAAGAGAAAUGAACAUGGCGGGAUCUUAGACCCCAAGCAGCCCAUACUGGCUCACCGGAAAGUGGACGACAAACAGCUGAUGUCGAAUUUGGACACUGUGAGCGCCACUGUGCUGGAGAUGCAAGAGAACCUGCUGGCCAAGAUUUACUUGACCUUGUGCAGAAUUGGUUUUGAGGAUCUUCCAGGAUUGUCCAUAAAAGACAGAGUGACCUUGAGUAUCAUCAAAAGGUACCUUGAUUUCAAGGUGAGUGAGGUGUGGGAUGAGAUCACCCGUGAGCUGAAACUGGAGGGCAUCCGACCCGUCACGCCGGAUAAGGAAAUUCUGCACACCGCCUGGCUGAUGUCGCAGCGCGCUGCCGAAGCGGUGGUGAACGAGCAGGAAGAAAUCUUGCGGCAAUUCGCCGAGGAUGCCGGCAGGGAAGAAACGCUCAUGUACAAAGAGAUGAAGUCUCAUUGGAAACAACGUCAACUACAAGCCAAGUCGUGGAGCAACUUUGUCUCCCGGACGUCCCACUAUGAUGUCCUUAAGAAAAUUAAAGAAAAGAGGGAGAAACACGUCGAGGACAUUCGGACGCAGCUGACACAGAAGGAGGCUGGGCAGCAUCCUGAAGAGGUUUACCUUGGGCAGCUGAUGGUGAACGCGGGUAGCCAGGCCCGUGGCGGCGUAAAGCUGAAGGUGGUUCAAACUCCCGUGAUGGCGGCGGCGCACCAGGAAGCUAUGCUUGCCCCACAUAGUUGCCUGGCAGCGGGAAUGAUCAUCAGACUGGGAAGACUGACUCCAGGUUACUUUCGCCUCCUCCAGCGGCAGAUGUCCGGAGAGGUCAGGAUGCAGCCACCCAGCAGCUUCGUCAACCCGUUGGCCGCGACCUUGGCGGCAACCGGCUCCAGUGUGAGUCUCUACAGCGCCGCCAGGAUGCGACUGGAUCGGAAUGCCCAUUUCUGA